AUGGAUGAACCAACUUCCCCCGUGAUAGUCUGUAAAGAACCAGAUUGCAAGUCCUCUUUCAAAACAGAAAAGUCGUUUCGCAACCAUGUCAACAACUAUCACCAAUUGCAAUACACCACCAGUUUCCAGGGCGACAAAGAUCUUUCCAGCUUUGAUCGUGAUGAUGAGAUAUACGAGGUUGAACACAUACCCUUGCCAACAUGCCCAUCCUAUGAUGAAUCUUUGCCACCACCUCCCGAUCCCACACGCCGUCAUUCUUUUACUGAAUCGAUUAUACACGCAUGUCAAUCCAUGGAAGCGAGUGAGGAAGAGCAAUCCAAGAAUGAAUGGAUAAUUGCAAAGAUGCAACUUGAGCCGAUAGCAUUGAUCGAAGACAACGAUUCAACCCAAAAAGCCGAAUUCAACGCGAUCACCCAUUCUUCAAACGCCAAACGCAUGGCCGGCAAGCGUUUUAUUUGUGAACCCAUCAUGCCGUCAAAAACAAAGCUACACAAAAGCCACCAUUGCUCCGAGAUUGCUACGACAACGUUGGUUCAUUUAUUGCAUUCCUCUCCUUUGCGUGCGAUAUUGAUGCAGCGUCAAUAUUUCGAGCUCAAUGAUCAAGUGUGCCAGAUGCUGAAUACCGAUUGGGAACAUGUACCGCAAAUCAAGUAUGCUUGUGCACAAGUGCUUGCUGGAUCCAUAUUGAUAAGUGAGAAAUCGGGGCACGCCGUGCUUGUCAACACUAUCGAAGCCUAUUGCCGUCGUCGCUCAGUGGAUAUACAUCGUGAAAUGUCAAAUCAAGAUGGCUCUAUUCCUCCACCAUCAUCCCAUUACGAGAACGUGUGGCCUUGUGUACUGAAUACUGCUGAUGGAGAAAAAUUGACGAUUGGGACACAGACAAUGAAUGCACUGGUGACAUCCACCAUGCGUCUCGACAUAAAAGAGGAACCAAAAGUUGGACCAACAACAUGCACCGCCAAUUUGAAAUCCAAAGCUAUCCGGGUAUUUAUCGAUCAUGGGAGUUGGGAAAAGGCGGUGAAGCUAUCCACGAAUACCACAACAAGGCAACUGGAACCAUUCAACCUCACGAACCAGCUGCGGCAAAUACGCUCUCAAUUUCACCAUCCAUCUUCUUAUUAUUUGAUCCGUGGAUCGAGUUUUUUGACAACACCAUUCUCCUGCCAACCACUUUCAGUGUUCACCUUCAGCAAUCACGAGAAUGGGAGCAACAAAGGCGACUCGCAUGACAAAGCAUCCAUCAUUGCAUCAAAAUUGUUCUCGCAUAUUGCACAUCAAGUUUUGUCAACAACCCAACCAUCACUGUCAAAAGCAUACGUGAACCAAUUGACGUCCCAAUGUGCGGCUGGAAAAGUGCGAGAGAUCAUGGAUAAAAUCGUGCUGUCUUUUGACGAUGCGGAUGAUAUGCUUAUUCUCUACAAUCACGACCUCAACAAUAAUCUCACCCAACUCGCUUUGCUUCUUUCUUCUGAUAUCGCCAAAGCCAACAAGUCAUACGUUGUGCCAAAUAUCCAAAGGCGACUAGUGUCCAUAAUUGAUAAUGAAUAA